AUGGACGAGAUCGAAGAGCUGCGACAAAGGCUCCGAGAGGCGGAGAGUCGUGCCCAAGAGGAGCAACGCCGACGCGAAGUCGAGCAACGCCGACGCGAAGUAGCCGAAGAACUUUCUGAGGCGUCACAGCCGCAGAUCCUUCAGAACUAUCUUGAAGCCUGUCACUCGCUGAACCUGGCAAUUCAGGUAUUGGAAUACGUAAAGUCGUUGCUCAAGCCAAUUAGUAGUGAGCUUGGGCUGCGGGACUUUGAGCGUGAGGUCGUCGAGAACGCGGUGCAGAAGCUGGUUAAUAGCGCAUAUAUGGAUCCGCUGCUGCGGCGCAAACUCGGUCUGCAGGGAACUAUAACGUUCGAAAGCCAUACGAAUCUCGGCACCGCUGACGACGACCUUAUCCCUGAGCCUCUGGAACAUAUGAGUCUUGGCAGUGGCGGCUCUGGUGCCGUGGCGUCGGCCUCUGCCCUACAGCCCGCGGCUCCUAAGUUCUGUAUAUACAGGACUUCGGACGGCCAGAAUAUCCCCGCUCUCGCUAUCGAAUACAAAGCGCCACACAAACUAAGCGUCGACGAGGUCGUCACGGGCCUCGAGUCGGAAAUUCGGCCGGAACGUGACGUGAUUAACCAGGACGGCCAGGGCUUUGCUUUCACGGCCAAAGCACUCGCCGCCGCCGUUGUCACCCAACUCUUCUCCUACAUGAUCGGCAAGGGCAUCCAGUACGGCUACGUGUGCACGGGGCAGGCCUUCGUCUUCCUCCAUAUCCCGGACGAACCUUCUAAUGUCUACUUUUCGAUAUGCGUACCGAAUCUAGACGUUAUGGAUGAUGAUGAGACGAGGCUCCAUCGCACGGCCGUCGCGCAAGUUUUUGCCUUCAUUCUCCAGGCUCUCCGCGCGAGGCCACCGCCCGAGUCAUGGCAUGAUGAAGCUGAGAGGCUUGAUACCUGGGCUGUCGAGUACGACGAUGUUCUGAGGAAAAUCCCCGCGACGGAGCGUAGACGCAAAGAACCCCGCGUCUCUCCCUAUAAGCCCCAGCGUUGGAAGGGUUUCAAGCGAUCGCCAAUCCAGACCCGCUCUCGCUGCCAGCGAGUAGACGUUGAAGUUAGACGUCUAGAGGACGACGACGAAGACCCUCCUUCUCCGACUCCUAAUUCAGCUCGCACUGCCAAGAAAGCGGCGCCACAGCCAGAUAUACAGAACCGGCCGUUCUGCACUCAACACUGUCUCCUCGGAUUAGCGUAUGGCGGACCUACGGAUGAGAGCUGCCCUAACGCAAACCAUCAUGGGCAAGGACACAUCAAACGAGUCGAGUUUCUCCGACUCAUCCGAGGUCAGCUUGCCAUAGACCGCGGCUAUGAUGCGGACUGUGCGCCGCUCCAUCGGUCUGGAGCGCGCGGAUCACUCUUUAAGGUGCGGCUGUCAUCCUACGGUUAUACACUUGUCGCCAAGGGUGUGGAGAGUCUCGACCAUGGCUGCCUGCAACACGAAAACGAGGUGUACGACCGACUCCGGCCCAUUCAGGGGAAACACGUACCCGCCGUCAAACCGGGCAUCGACGACGCCAUCAUCACAAUGCUCAAGGCAGUGCACGAAUUCCGCGUUCUUCACCGUGACGCUGAACCACGCAACAUUCUGUAUAAUACUAAUAGCGCCUUUCAGCUCAAUGAUUCCUAA